UUUGCCUUGCUUUCGUUUGUGGUGUCCUACAAUUUUAUGUGAAAAGGCGGGACUCGUGUUAAAAUCGUCUUAUGGAGCUGAAACCAAUUAUAAGGUUGGAAGGUUUUUUAGCCAUCCUUGUACAUAUGUGUUACUCACACUAAACGUGAAGUCAAGUCGGCAGAAAACUCAGUAGGGUAGGGAAGGGAUUUUCAGACGUGUACGUUGCGUGUAGUUUUCUCGAAAAAUUAGCUAUUCUAGGAACAACCAACGGAGUUGCUUGAUCACGAAUCUAGAUUGCCAUUUCCUGUGAUUGGUUUACGACCAAAUGUACGGAAAUUAAUUUGUAAGGCUUUACUUUUUACUUGGUCACGCCUUUGGCCACACUCGAGAAACAACCUAAUCUCCCUCUCCCCAGCCCCCCCCCCCCGCGGGUAGAUUAAAUUUUUUAGGGGGACAUCCGGCGGGGGAACACAUGGGGGGGUUAAAAUAUUUUUUUCCGAGGCGGGUUAAUUAUUAAAAAAUAUAAAAAUUUUUUUUUACGCGAUUUUUAAACAUUGCUAUCUAUAUACCUUCCUACCCCCCCCCCCCCCCCCCCCCCCCCCCCCCCGAGGUUAGAUUAAAUUUUGACGGGUGAAUUCAGGCGUGGAAACCUAUGCGGGAUCUAGAAUUUUUUUGCCGAGGGCAGUGUAAUUAGUAAAAAUUUAAAGAUUUUAUUUCAGUCGAGUUUUAAAAUUAUCGUAUUCCUGUACUGCCGCCAGAAAAAUGAAAUACAACAGCUGCCAAGGCUCCCAAGACGGAAAGGUGAUGUAAAUCAGACCUCGCGUUUAAUAUACGGAAGCUUAAGCUUAAAAUAAUUAAUUCUGUGGUUGCAAAUGCAAAGAGAAAGACCGUAGAGAAAACCCAGUUCUCGUAUUACUGCGCGUGAGUGAAAUGUCUGAAAAUGUUUGGAAUAUUGCUUGUGACUCGCGCUUGUGUUAACUCACAUUGUUCAUUAACACCGAAGAGAUCUGCCGAUUAUUUUACCGUCAGACUCCUAACUUUACCAAAAUGACUUCGCCUUUUUGGAAUACUUUACUCGUUGUUGUUACGUUUACAAUUUGUAGUUCAAGUUAGAUUUAGCACACAUUUAGCUGUGUAGGUACACUGCCAUGCAAAGGGCAGUUUGUGUAGACUGCAAAUUAUGGUUAUUUAACAACCUCCCUGGGUCUUAUUUGCAAGAAGAUAUACAAAAAUAUGUAAUUUAAGGAAAAGUUACUGAGUAUCGGAUAUUGUGAUUAGUAAAGGGUAGCUUACACGUAAUGGAUUGUCGAUCCGAAUUCACAAAGGAAGCAUAUUCUAAACAAAAAAAUUGGUCUAAUUUACCACUUGGGAGAGAAUCCCUUGCAGACAGUUAGAUUGACCCACAUUACACAUAAACUGUGAACUGGACGAAACCAAAGGGUUUCUGAGAAUAAAAACAAAUAGACUUAAUAGAACAUUAAAUUUCAUAGGCUAUUAGCAUCUCAAAUAAAAGGGGUCUGACGAGGGAGAAGCGUGGUGUUGGGGUUUAGUAAUGCAGACGAAUGGGUUAGAAUUCUUUUUCCAGACUAUUACUGAGAUCGAAUUUCCGUUUUUGUUUUUAAAUAAAUUAAGUAUAAAUUUCUGGACUUCUUUGCAUAAGAUGAAGGUUAUUCGUUUUGAUUUUUUUUGGUUUUAGGUAAUUAAAAGUAUAUAAAUGGACAUUUCGCUUUCAGCCUUGGCUAAACCUAUUAUUAAUUAUAUUAUUAUUCAUUCAUCCUACGUGCUCACCCUUCUUGCGAAAGGUAUUGACGGCUUAUUUAUAUCGCUCACAUUGCAAAGUAAGAUCCGUAGUACCAUCUUUUCAGCUCCUUUAUUAGGUUGUAACAGUUGUACUUCUGUCAAGACUCUUAAGUCCGUUAAAUAGAUUAUUAAAGACAAGAAAAACUAAAAAUCUAAAAAUAAUAGCGAACCAUCUUUCUACAGUUGCUUUAUCAUGCAGCCAUUUAAAGAAGGGAGACCCUACAGCAGCAAGUGGAAAUUACAACAUUGAUCCUGAUGGCGAGGGAGAUCUGGAGCCAUUCUCAGUGUACUGUGACAUGACCAACAAGAAUGGAGUUGGUGUGACAGACAUAAGUCACGACAGUGAGAGCAGGACUAUUGUGGAUGGAUAUGACGAUCAUGGUAGUUACUCACGUGAUAUUAAUUACACAGGAGCGAGUCUAUCUCAGCUGGCCGGUCUCACCAGUGUCUCCUCACACUGCGAGCAGUUUAUCAAGUACGAGUGUCAAGACUCAGGUUUCUUUUUUUACUCCGAUCCAGCCGGAUGGUGGGUGUCACGUGAUUCUACUAAGAUGACCUAUUGGGGUGGAGCAUCGCCUGGAAGUGGCAAGUGUGCAUGCGGGAUGAACAACACAUGCGCAAAUCCCAGCAGAGGCUGCAACUGUGAUAAGAAUGAUGCUGUAUGGCGUGAAGACAGUGGUCUCCUUACUGACAAGACAAAGCUUCCAGUAAAACAGCUCAGGUUUGGUGAUACAGGUGGAAGUGAUGAGAAAGGCUACCACACUCUUGGAAAAUUCAAGUGUUAUGGCACAGCAUAA